CGGCUGAGGCCUCUCCGCCCGGCGCUGGAGGCGGCGUGCGGACCUCGCCGCGGGGCUGGGGCGAGCCGAGGGGCGCGGGCCCGGAGCCGGGAUGCCGGAAGGACCAUCUGUGAGGAAGUUCCACCACUUGGUCUCCCCCUUUGUGGGGCAGCAGGUGGUCAAGACAGGGGGCAGUAGUCAGAAGCUGAACCCUGCCAGCUUUCAGUCGCUGUGGCUCCAAGACACCCAGGUCCAUGGAAAGAAAUUAUUCCUUAGAUUUGAUCCAGAUGAAGAACUCGGGUCCCUUGGCAACAUCUCACUGCCAGAGUCUCUAGAAAAAGGAGAGAGGAAGGGAGAGGCUCAGGACCAAAAGCAGGCCUCAGGGCCCAGCAGCCGGAAAAUCUCGCAGCAGUCCUCUCAGUCCGUGGAGCUUGUUGCUCCCAGUGGAGACAGUGGUGUGGAGCAUUGGCAGGGAGACACGCCUGCAGGAGGUCCUGAGAGGUGGCUGCAGGUCAGCUUUGGUUUGUUUGGCAGCGUUUGGGUGAACGAGUUCUCCAGAGCGAAGAAAGCAAACAAGAGGGGCGACUGGAGGGACCCCACUCCCAGGUUGGUCCUGUACUUUGGUGGUGGCGGCUUCCUGGCAUUUUAUAAUUGUCAGAUGUCUUGGAGCUCUUCCCCAGUGGUCAGACCCACCUCUGACAUCUUGUCGGAAAAGUUCGAUCGAGGACAAGCCUUGGAAGCUCUGGGCCAGGAGCAGCCUGUCUGCUAUACGCUGUUGGACCAAAGAUACUUCUCAGGCUUAGGGAACAUCAUUAAGAAUGAAGCCUUGUACAGAGCCGGGAUCCAUCCCCUUUCUCUGGGCUCGCUCCUCAGCCCUCAGCGCCUCGAGGCCCUCGUGGAUCACGUGGUGCAGUUCAGUGCGGACUGGCUUCAGGGCAAGUUCCAGGGCAGACAGCAGCACACGCACAUCUACCAGAAGGAGCAGUGCCCUGGGGGGCACCCGGUCAGGAGAGAGGCCUUUGGGCCCCCGGGUGGCUUCCAGAGGCUCACGUGGUGGUGCCCACAGUGCCAGCCCAGGCUGCCCGCCGACGAGCAGGCACAGGUCCAGCUCUCCUAGGGGGCUCCCUCCUGUCUUCACAGACCCUGGCCCUUUAGGGGCCCUGAUUCCUGAAUGUCCAGAAAGGGGGUGCUGUCAGUGUUUGGGCCUGGCCACAGGAGCUAGAGGGCGGGGUGGGGCAGGGGGGUGGACGUCAGGAGUGUUGCCAGCCCCAUCUCACUGGUUAGGUUGAAGGCGGUUCUUACAGGGUUAGAUUUUUUUUUUUUUUUUUCCUUCUUUCGUUUCGGUUCAUUCUUC